AUGUGUUUACGGCGGAACCAAACCGGUGAAACAGAACUAAACGAGACUGAAAAAACAGGAAAAAACUGCUAUGAAAGUGACGACGAAAGCUGUUACACACCUCAUUUUAGCGCAGAAGUUGACCUUAUUGGGAUUUUCUUGGCUUUCCUUAUUGUUGUCUUAAACACCGUGGUUUUCAUCCUUGUGGCAAAAAAGCGGUCAUUAAGGACAACAACUAAUAAUUUCCUGAUAGGCCUGGCAGCCAGUGAUCUCCUAGAAGGCCUCAUCGGCCUACCUCUAGUUAUCACAUGUAACAUUUUUAUGGAACACGGAGUUUGUUUUUCCACUAUUUACGUGUGGAUGUUUACCUCCUUUCUGACCAUGUCGCAUAUCAUGGCUGUCACUGCUGAUCGCUUCAUAGCUAUCAUGUUUGCUCUGCGAUAUUCUCAGAUCAUUACCAAGCGUCGCUGCUAUAUCACUCUGGGGUUUGUCUGGACCUUCUCAUUCCUGUUGUCACUGCUUCAGUUAUGGUGGAUACAGCCUACAGACUACGAUCCCGACGAGAGUAUUCCUAAAGAACAUUUAAACAAGGAAGUAGCUUAUUGUAUAGCAAGCCUUGUAGUAUAUCUGUUUGCACCCACGGGGUUCAUGGCAUUUACUUAUCUCAUGACGCUUCGCGAAGUACGGCGACAGAAUCGUCAACAAAUUUUAAACGUGCCGGCGGAUUUGCAAGAACACCGGCGGAAUAAGCGAGAAGGCAAAGCCGUUACCGUUUUCCUUGUGAUGUUCAUAACGCACGUUGCAUGUUGGCUACCGUUUUUUCUGUUAAGAUAUCAGCAAGCGGUUGGCGCCUUCUAUCUACCUGACUGGGCCGUGUACAUGAUCGCGUAUUCUCGGUUUGUGUCACCAGUUUUAAAUCCGUGCUUGUACAUUUUCGGCAAGCACGACUUUAAGAAAGCUUGGAAAGAUCUGUUUAUUUUCAAAAAUACGGAUAGAGACCGGACAAGAUCUGAUUUGCUAAUGAGUAGUCAGUUGUAA